GUUAAUUAGCCUCCUACUGUUUGGAAUUAAACUGCCAGUACAUUAACCAGUUCCUUCUACUUCAAGGAUAAUUUGACCAUUUAGUAGCUUUGUUUUAGAACUAUCCGGGAUUCAUGUCUUCUGUUUUUCUUUUCUUCUAUUAGUUCCGCUUUGUUCUUAUAUAAGUGCAUUGCUAAGCUUGUAUUGCUUCAUUGUUGAAUUCAGCCACAGAAAGUAAAGAGAAAAAUAUCUGCAUCUAAUAAGCUUAGACAAAGGUAAGAAAACAUUAAAGGAUUAAACCUUUCAACAUUUCUUGGGCUUCAUCUGUUUUCUGAUAAGGUUGAUGGCCAUGGAAGGAGACAUGACAUACCAAGGGCUUCAAUUUGCAAGUGAGGACACUUAUUGUGGAAUUAAUCAGGAAUCGGCUGAGAAAACCACAGGAGAAAAGUCACAAAGUCCUGAAGAAGACAGUCCUGAAGCUAAAGGUUCAAGUAAUAUCCAAAUGCCACGCAGAGUGACGGGUUUCAUUAUAAUCUUCAUUAUCCAACUGGUGACUAUCAUAGCUGUGGUAUUCCUAUUUUUGCAACUAUCAAGACAACUAGAACUGAACAAUAAUGAGGUCCUUUUGCUGAACAUCAAGCUUAAAGAAUCAGAAGAAAAGAUCACUGCCAUGGGAAGGAAUCAGACGAGCCUUCAGAUGCUUCUUAAGCAAGUAGAAGAGAAACUCACUGUCAUGACUAAAAAUCAGUCAACCCUUCAAACAAACGUCAGUCAAGCAGAACAAAAAAUCACUGCCUUGGAAGGGAAUCGUGGUCAAACAGACAUACAAUCCAAAUGUUGCCCACCACAAUGGCAGAAGUUUGAGCACAGCUGUUACUUCUUAACCACAUUUUCUGAAAGCUGGCAAAAUGCCAAGAUGCAUUGCCAAAGACAGUCAUCAACAUUAGUGGUUAUCAACAGUGCUGGGGAACAGGAUUUCUUAAGGCAGAACGUAGAAGACUUGAAUAGAAAACUGAAUCAACAGCUGUGGUACUGGAUUGGGUUGACCGACACUGAAGUAGAGGGGAGAUGGAAAUGGGUAGAUGGGACACUUUGUGACUGCAGAAACAAUGCAAAUUCGUACUGGUAUGUUGACAGCAAUGUCAGAGAGCCUGAUGACUGGGAUAACAAUGAGGACUGCGUAUUAAUGAGAGGAGAUGGUAGAUGGGGGGAUAAAAACUGUGAUGAUAAUCGUAGAUGGAUCUGUGAAAAACAGACAGAAAGGUGUCCUCCAUAAUUACUUUUUAUUAAUGACAAAAAGUCUUCAAAGGAGUCAAACAAAGAAAUUUCAACUUGGAGGAAAAGUACAUCUUUAAGCCACAGAAUGAAAUAGAAAACAAGGCAUUCUUGCAUCUCACAAGGCUACUUAUUCUUUCCUUUUCUUUUUUUUUUUUGGGGGGGUGAUUAUUUUCAGUUAUGUUGUUAUAAAACACUUUGACAAUUUUGUGGGAAUGUCAAAAUGUAGAUGUUUGGCUCUGUAAGUUGACCCCUUGGUAAUGUAAUUGGCUAUGUCUUUGCCUGGCAUUGUUCUUUCACUUCAGGGAAAGCAUAUGGUUUCUUAAGGACCACUGUUUACCACAACAUGGUCUGUAAUCUUUAUAGUAAAGAAAAUGCCUGUGUAAACAUGAAAUGCAGCCAUUGUUGUUAAGCCUUCUAGCUAUGGAAACCAUGACUUUGAAAUGAAUGUCAUCCAGCUGCUUACAUGUAAUGGCUUUACUAUCCUUGAUCAAAGUCUUUCACAGAUCUAUCAACAUAGCAUCACCUAAACAGGUCCACUAUGAGUGGACAUAACUGGAUGUGCUAAGAACUGGAAUACCCAAAUGUGUUUGCCAGAAAAACUCAGCCCCCCCAAAAAAUAACUUUUGUAAGUGUUUUUUUUUCCAUGGGCAAGCCCCCUUGCAGCCCCAGUGUGGCAGUAAAGCCCUCCAAGCCUUUGAACUGAUAUAUAAACCAUAUAUGGUCUCACCAAUUCAAAAAAGGUGGUAAAUUCCACCAGACAAGGCAUUGUGGCCAGCAGAACUCAUCAACAGUGAUUUCUUACGAGGAACUUUGAUCACUGGUGAGUUGAAUGUCUGGCAACUGAAGCUUGAGAGUUCAGGUUUCAUCCACCAGUAGGGUAAAGCACCCAAGCAACAAAUAACCUUCAUUGACUGACUCCCUGACUACUAGUUAGGAGAUUUUUUCCCCUAAAGGAUCCAUAUAAUCUUAACUUCUCUUUAACUAGUAAUUAUGUACCCUCUUUUUCUCUUCAAGAAACAUCUAGAUUCCCUGCACCGUGGACAAAAAUGAUCAGUUUUCCUCAUGUGAGAAAUGUCUGACAUUUUUACUGAUAAUUGUACUUCAGAAUUGUCACAAAAAUAAAUGCCAUGUUUUAUUUUCAUAGGUUCAUAGGUGUGUACUAGGCUAAUGGCCCUGGAGCCUUUACAAGCCUAGCCCAUAGAAGUGCCCUGGCAUCAUGCCGCCC